AUACACCCAUCACCACCACUGCCGCCACUACCACCACUAUCGUUGCCACAACUACCACCACUACCAUCAUCAUCAUCAUCAUCAUCAUCAUCAUCAUCAUCAUCAUCACUAUCACUACCACCACAAUCAACACCGUCUCCUCCUCCUACUCCACUACCACCACCAACGACACCACCACCCCUACCACUACUACCACAACGUCUACUUCACCCCAUCGACCAGCGCCUCUACUUUCUGCCGUCAGUGACUGUGGCAGAUGCUGUUAUCAGAAGCUACCUUCGGAAUCUUUAAACUGUCUGUCACAGAAAGACCAAGCUCACACACUUAAAGAGGUGGCCCAUCGCUUUUCUACCAGGCAGCUAUAACAUAACAUAAUAUAUAUAUCACACAUAUAUAUAUAUAUAUCGCAUAUAUAUAUAUAUAUAUAUAUAUAUAUAAAUAUAUAUCACAUAUCUAUCUAUCUAGACACAUCAUCUCUAUAUAUCUCAUACAACUUAUAAUCAACUAACUACCCGUUUCAUAUCCAGAAUAAAAUAUCAGGAUGAUCCAGCAUUGGUAAGUUUCUUAUUUUUAAUUUCUGGUUUGGCCUUUCCGGGUUGAAGACUCCAACAGAAACUUAAACACGGUUUACAUUUAACACAAUUCGUGCAGGAUUACCUUAAGACUCACUCUGAUUGGAUCGUAUCUCUGCAUAUAUAUAUCACGAGCACAAAGGUCACUGGCUGGAAUCGAACUCGGAAUCUUGGGGUUGGUAGCCUGCGUUCUUAACCACUACGCCAUAUGCCCGUGGAAUUAUAUAAUAAAAUUAAGAUAUUUUGUGGACGUAUAAGCAAUAUAUUGUACAUAACUUUUAGCAACAAAAUCUUAUCCGGACCCACCAAGGUCCAUUUGGACCUCGACUGAGAGCCACUGGUGUUUGCAUAAUGGAUGAAUCUGUACCAGGACCUGUUCCUUCUGCGCUCUCGAUCACAUUGGACAGCAAGAUGAAGCCACCCGUCUAUGUUGGGCUGUGUAUGCCUUUGAAAGAUUCAUGGAUGUCUCGGCGUCGCCACUUCUCUCAGUCAAUGUCGCACACACAACUACACACGCUUAUCUUCGUCACCUUUAUGUGCCUAUUCGUCAGGUGUUGCACUAGCGGUGCAACGCCACUCGACUACAAAUACAGCGUUUUCAUGGACGGGGGCUCCACAAGUACUAAACUCAGGAUAUACAAAUGGCAGACACCCAGUUUACGAGACGAUAUACCACACUUCACUCAGAUCAGUGUGUCUCGUUAUACCCCGGGUAUCAGCGAAUACAGUGACAACCUCACAGCUAUAGCAUCCUAUAUUCGUCCCAUGAUUCUCGAGUCGAUGGAACUCGUGCCAAAAGAUCUCCACAAAAUAACUCCGAUAUAUUUCAUGGCCACAGCUGGUAUGUGCUCUUUUUUUUUGUUUUACAUUAAAAUCUAUUCAGUCUUUUACGGUCGUAUAUGCUGCGUUUAUUUCGUUUCUAUCUCUGUUCUCUUUCUUCUUUGCAGGAACACCAGUGUGGGAGUUCUUGAAAUGGGUGGUGGUUCCACUCAAAUCGUUUUCGUUCCUAAAACGCCUAUCUAUGCCAACAAGUUUAUCACCCAUAUUGGUUCCACUUACUACCAUACCUACGCACACAGUUAUCUAAAUUUUGGACAAGCUUAUCUAAUCGAACGAGUCCAAGAUCAUCUUCUCCAGCAAAGCGGUACAAAUGACAGUGUCUUAGACCCGUGUCGCCUAAGGGGUGACAACGCAACAGUCAGCGACGAAAACGGCCGAUCUGUAAUAAUGAUCGGAAACGGAAACGCAGAAAGCUGCCGGGAAAUUCUAGAAGAUUUCUUGAACAAACAGCCGCCGUCCGAUUGCAGUCCGAAACCGUGUAGUAUAGGUACCACUUAUCAAUCUCCGCUUGGUGAUACCAUAUUCUACGCCGUUUCUGCCUUUGUUUAUCCAACCAAUCAAAUCAAUUCCACAGAUGCCGACGAACGUCUUAACAUGGAUCUGAUGAUUAAAAAUACGAAAACCUAUUGUGAAAUGACGAUAGAUGAGGCUGUUGAAGUGACUGGUGCUACACCCAAAUAUGCCUCGAACAACUGUAUCAGCGGAGUGUUCAUACCAUUACUUCUGAAGAACGCUUACGGCUUUCCCCAAAACACAACCUCAAUUUAUAUGAAGAAAACAAUCAACAAUAAAUCACCAGGUCACAUCGAAUGUUUAUUUCUAAUUUUAUUAUUCCCUCUACUUUUUUUUUGUUUUAUUUAGCUUUCUUUUCUUUUU